UUUUUAAGUUUACUUACUAUAAGUCUGUAAGUCUAAUUGUAAACGACUAAGUGUAAAGAAAAACUGGAUUUCUUGCUUUGUCAUUUCAGAUGAAUACAAUUAAUAAUUUGAGAUUUGAAACCUUAUUAUCUGUCUUACUUUGAAAAUGGAGUGCAAACUUUUGCACCUGCAAUACUGCUUGGUGAUUUGAAUUGUACAACUUGCGGUGUUUCACCUGAAUGAGAAUAGUGACCUUACUGAAUAUAUAUUGUUUGGAUGAUUCAACAAAGAAAUGCGACAAUAAAUACUACGAUGCCAGUGUCGGUGAUGGCGUAACUUCAAAUAAAGUGUUAUUUUAUUAACGCACGUAUAAAAAUCUUUUAAAUAACUCACAGUAUUUUGGAAUUGUGUGAUUGUGGGCGUGUCUGAGUGAACAGGAAUAAUUUAGUUCUUACCAAUGUGUGUAGUUUCUUCAUAUUACCACGUAGCGACGCUGUAGACCGUGGCACAGAAAGGUGGACGCUCCUCCCAGGGUAAAAGCGGAAUAGCUGUGGUUUUCAUCACAAAGAGACGAGGGAAGGGAAGGAGCGGCAUAAUGGAGCAUUUCUCUUUAAAAAUAUCACAGUCGCCUUGAUUUUUGUCAUAUCCUACCAUCUAACACUGGGAACGGAUUUGUGGAUAUAUUAUUUGCUGUAUUCCGGCGGAAGUAUGCAUUUAACGACGAGAAGAAGCGCUAUUGUCACAUUUCUUUUGAUUGUGCUCUUGGCUUAUUAUUGGGAAGCGGCGGCUGCACAGCUCUCCUAUUCCGUCUCAGAGGAGGUGAAUCCGGGGACUAAUGUCGGAAAUAUCGCCAAGGAUCUAAACCUUAACGUGCAGGAGUUGGCCUCCCGUUUGUUUCAGAUUGUUGCAUCUAAAAAGAAAUACUUUGAGAUAAAUCUAAAGACCGGAUUUCUGUAUGUCAGUGAGAGGAUAGAUCGAGAGGAGGUUUGUACAGAUGAGCCCAAAUGCACGGUUACCGUAGAGGCUGUGAUAAACAAUCCGUUAAAGCUUUACCGCGUGGAGAUAGAAAUUAGAGAUGUGAACGACCACUCUCCAUCCUUUAACACGAAAUCUCAAAUACUGGAAAUUGCAGAGAACACACUGCCUGGGUUUAGAUUUGCGUUAUCGGAGGCAAGCGACGCUGACGUGGGUAAAAACAGUGUUAGUGCAUAUAAGCUGAGUACUAAUGAAUAUUUCAGUCUUGCCACACAUAAAAGAGGAAAGAGUAUAUCUCCAGAGUUAGUGCUGCAGAAAGCCCUGGAUCGUGAGAACAAGCAAGUAUACAACUUUUGUUAACUGCAAUAGACGGAGGGUCUCCACCAAACACGGGGACAUCAGAAAUUGAAGUAAGUGUGUUAGACAGUAAUGAUAACGCACCAGUGUUCAGUAGCACUCUUUACAAAAUU